CGCGGGGCCCAUGCCUCGCCUCCCGCGUUCUACCCGCGCGCUGUGGUGAGGUCUCCGUGGGAGAGAACCAGCUCCGUGGACCCGGUCUGUUUUACACAUAGGCGGAGCAGGCCACUUCGCGUGCUGUCAGUGCGGUGUUAGACUAUGCACCGGGUCCACGGUUCAGAUCCCGCGGGACGCAGAGAGGAGGAGGCUUUGGCCCGAUUCGCGCGGCCCGGCCCCGGAUCGAACGAUUUGGGGGACGAGGUGUUCUAUUUCACAAAAGAGGCAAAAAACAAAAGCCGGUAACGGAAACCCUAAUCCCCCCAAAUCCCGAAUCCCUCUCGAAUUUCUAUUUAAUGUUCCUGUUCUUCCCCUCCGAUCCGAUGUCCCCAACUGCGCUCCCCGCGGCGAUCAAACACCGGAUCGCGGCACUCGCCGCCGUUGAGGAGGAGGUUUCCGGCGCUGCUUCCAGCGCCUUGCCGUCAGCACCAUGAGGAAGAAGCUGGACACGCGUUUCCCCGCUUUUUAACAUACAGCCUCGGAUUAAAAAGAUCAUGCAAACAGAUGAAGACGUUGGCAAGAUUGCUCAAGCUGUACCUGUUCUAGUGUCCAAAGCAUUGGAGCUAUUUCUGCAAGAUUUAUGUGAUAGGACAUAUGAUAUUACAAUUCGGAAGGGGGUCAAGACUGUGGGUUCUUCCCAUUUGAAACAAUGCAUACAAACGUACAAUGUCUAUGACUUCUUGAGGGAAGUAGUCAGCAAAGUUCCAGACAUUGGUCCUUCUGAUGUUAUUGCUGAUGAUAAGCUUGGCAAAAGGAGGAAAGCCGAAGAAGAUGGAAGUGAGGAAGAAUUGAAGAGGACAAGAAAUGAGACAGAAAGCCAUACAAGCAAUGGCAGAGGCCGUGGGAGAGGUCGUGGGAGAGGUCGCCGUAGUGUACGUGGACCUUGGCGGGAGGUGGUCACAAGUCCUGAACAAUUCAAGGAGGAGAAUCAAUCUAGCAAGGUAGCCAGCCUAAAGGUGGAGGUAGCAGAUGAGGUCUCGAAUGUAACUGAAGCAAAACAGGACACUACACCAAUGAGCAAUGCCAGGCCUUCCUUAAGGAACAUUGACUUGAAUUUAGAUCCAACCGAUGAAGAGGAUGAGGUUACAGUGCCACCCGAACCCCAGCUGUCAGCUCCAGCAACUAGUUGCGCUGCAGCCACUGCAGCACCUGGACCAUCUGUUCCACGGUUAAGGGAAGGAGCAAAACUCAAGGACUUCUUUGGUGCUUGGGAACUGGCUGACAUGAACAAGAUGGAGAUGGACCCUGUCCAGUUUGCUCUGUCAACAAACCAUAGAUUGGAGGAGGACGAGGAUUAUGACAAUGAAGACUAGCUCCGCCGUUAUAUAGCUUCAGAGUUGAUGAGUAGGAAUAGCAGGACAACUGUAGGUUCAGCUUAACUCUGUAGCAGUUCUCAUGUAUCAUAUAGCCGCCAAAGCUGCCGAUGUAGCUUAUAAUGUCCCAGAGGUUAAGGUCGUUUGACUAGUUGACUGUAAUGUUCUCAAGUUAGGUUCUAUUAGCAGCUAUUGCUUUCGCAGAUAGUACCGUUUGUACAUUCCAGUUGCUCUCCAGUUUUAUGUUAUCUAUCCUUCUGCUUUCUUGGAUAGCUGAGACCUGUUGGCGGAUGUAUCAUGUAUGGCAAGUUGGCAACAAAAAGCAAGAAGGCUUUCAGAUUCCUUA